AACAUCAAUGCGAACAAUUAGAGUGUGCGAGCCUGGCAUCAUUUGGUGUAGUUUUAUCAACUGAAUGGGCAGAGCGUCUAGCUGGUGAGCCCGUUAUUAUGGCCUCGAUGGGAAAAGUUUUGGCUUGAAAGGGUCAUUAAAUAAGAAGCAGAUGAUGAUGAUGAGGCAUGAGGAGAGGAGACAGACUUGUCAGCUUGGCAAUAGCAUAAAAUACAAACAGCCAAAUACACGAGUACAUACGAACAAAAGAAAACAAAAUUCGAACGGACAACACACAAAAAGAUAAAAGCAUCUCUGCCAAAUUCGAUGAAUGCAACGGCAAAGAAACUGUGAACUGAGUGUAGAAAGGCUACGGUUUACAUUCAAGUUUCAAUUCACAAUUGGCGCGACAAACGAGUGACAGCCGUUUGAUAUAGCACUCGAUAUGAAGGCCAACAUAUGGCCAGAAGCGCUGAUCAAGGUCUGUUAAUUGAGCUACAGGAAACAUCAACGGCAGAGACGAACACCUUGACAGCAGUCGCCGCUGUCGCCGCCGCCGCAGCAACGGCCGCAGCCAUGGCAUCCAGCAUGGAUAACAAUACCGUCUAUUCCUACGAUAUAUCCGCAACGGACGUGCUCUAUCAAUGGAGCGCAUCGGCCAACGAUGCACGUGCCGUUGCCCCAGACACAUCUAGCCCGCUGUCUACAGCAGCCGCAGCAGCAGUUGGCGCAGCACGUGUCGGCUCGGGCGGCCUGAAUGAAACACACUUUCUGCUGGUUGACUAUGCGACCAGCAUGAACGACAGCCUCGACUAUGCCUCCUAUCAGCAGCAGCUGGCCAGCACUGAAUGCCGCCAGAUGGACAAUAAUAUGACCUAUUGGAAUCUUACCUGCGAUUCGCCGCUGGACUAUGCACUGCCACUGUACGGCUACUGCAUGCCCUUCCUGCUCUUCAUGACCAUAAUAUCCAAUUCGCUGAUUGUGCUCGUCCUCAGCAAGAAAAGUAUGGCAACGCCCACCAACUUUGUCCUAAUGGGCAUGGCCAUUUGCGAUCUGCUGACGGUUGUAUUCCCCGCUCCUGGCCUCUGGUAUAUGUACACAUUUGGCAAUCAUUACAAGCCCAUGCAUCCGGUCUCCAUGUGUCUGGCCUACAGCAUUUUCAAUGAGAUCAUGCCCGCCAUGUGUCACACCAUCUCCGUCUGGCUGACUCUGGCCCUGGCCGUGCAAAGGUACAUCUACGUGUGCCAUGCACCCAUGGCACGCACCUGGUGCACGAUGCCCCGCGUGAAGCGCUGCACCUUCUACAUAGCGCUGCUGGCAUUUUUGCACCAGCUGCCGCGCUUCUUCGACCGCACCUAUAUGCCCGUUCAGAUCGAGUGGAACGGCAACGAGACCGAGGUGUGUCACCUGGAGACAUCGCUGUGGGUGCACGAGUACAUUGGCGUCGAUCUCUACUAUACGAGCUACUAUCUGUUCCGGGUGAUAUUCGUCAAUCUGCUGCCCUGCAUCAUUUUGGUGACACUCAACAUUCUGUUGUUUGCGGCACUGAGGCAGGCGCAGGAGCGGCGCAAGCUGCUCUUCCGCGAGAACCGCAAGAAGGAGUGCAAGAAGCUGAGAGACUCCAACUGCACCACCCUGAUGCUGAUUGUGGUUGUAUCGGUGUUUCUCAUUGCCGAAAUACCCAUUGCCGUGGUCACCUCCAUGCACAUCGUCAGCUCGCUGAUCAUCGAGUUCUUGGACUAUGGCAUUGCCAACAUUUUCAUCAUGCUGACCAACUUCUUUCUGGUGCUCAGCUAUCCGAUCAACUUUGGCAUCUACUGCGGCAUGUCGCGCCAGUUUCGCGAGACCUUCAAGGAGAUCUUUAUGGGCCGCAUGGCUGGCAAGAAGGACAGCUCGUCCAAGUACUCGAUCGUGAAUGGACCACGCACCUGCACCAACACCAACGAGACUGUCCUCUAGUAAUUGGUGAUGUUGGU